AUGAGUUGGACCUCUGGUGCGACCACAGCUUGGUAUCAACAUACAUCGUCUCCGAACAACGGAAGAGACAAACAGCUCGUUGCAUUGAAUAAGAUGCAAAAAGUGUAUGAGAAUUUCCCCGAGGUCACACUCACCGCCUUCGACGAGACCGGCAAAGUAGAAUCAACCAUUCCAGUGCCGUUGCAACGGACCUACACUGGCAGAAAGCCUGCCAUACGAUCUGAUCUGGCUGACAAAUUCUGCGCCAGUCUUAAAAUAAAAGAUGUGUUGAAGGAGCUCAAUGAGGCACUCCACACGUCAUAUACUCUCGACAACCCCAUCUUGCACUCCGUUCUUGAAUCCUCCAUCUUAGAAUAUGUCGACUUUGGCACUCUCUACGCUCACUUGCGCCCGUAUUGGUAUGACUUGACCACUGUCAAAUCCAUCCGCGAAGCAUCUCGGAGUCGAGAUCUGGAAAUGCGAAACACUAUGGUCACCAAUAAGAGGAUCGCCGACGGAAAUAUUCCACCACGGCGUGUUUGGGAUCUGUGUGCUAAUCGGGUGGUACCAUUCUGGGUGGCCUCUCGUCGGCCGUGGGCGAUAUCACACUCGUGGGUGUCUGAUGAGGAGCGCGAGGAUGUGCCGACGCCCAUCAAUGGAUGUGAAUGGCCGGUCCCGAUGCCGAAAGAUGCGGACCUUAACCUCAUCAGGAUCCAGAUGUUGAACAGCGGAGCUGAGGAGGAUCUGCGCACGAAAGAGUGGGAGAUCGACGUUCCCACCAUCGGAGCUAUCUAUCGCAAUACCAUCCGGACAGUGCAUUAUUACCUUAACGGGCUGGGUCGGCCAUUCAUUUUGAAGCCAGGGUACUUCGAAAAUGAACGGUGUUGGUUCAAGCGUGCGUGGACACUACAGGAGAUGGGCAAAAGUAGCAUGUACGCCACGCCGACCGUCGAUGACUCGGAAGACGAAUAUUUAAAAAGGAUGUUCGAGGAAAAAAUACGUUCAUUGCCUCUUUCCCCGCCACAAAAUGUAUUUGACGUCCUAUCGGAGAUGGACAAACGGAAGUCAAGAAAGCCUUUGGAUAAAGUAGCGGGCUUGGCAUACCUUCUCUGCGCAAAGUCUAUCCCCGUAUACGAUGAGACACAAUCUGAAAAGGCUGAGGAAGCUUGGGAAGCGCUCGUGUCGGUGAUGGCUGAGAAUUAUCUCGCGCAAUUGCUCUUCUUAUACCCUGAGCCUGGGGAUGGAGGGAAAUUUUGGCGGCCGUCAUGGAAACAGGCGACAGCGGCGCGUUUGCCUUAUAACUACUUUGAUUUGAAGCCUGGGUUCCUGCAGACAGAGGGGACAGAUACUGACUGGUGUCUGUGUACCUGUAUCAAGUCAGGCAAUGUACGAGGAUUGGCCAAGGCAUCAAACGAAGGGAUACCCCGACAGGGCGAGUUGGUGGUUAAAGACGACAGCGGGGCACUCCAUAUAAUCAAGAUCUUCGCCGAUCAUAAAUACCCGAUACUCGAUGGCUCGUAUACAUUGAUAGGCGAAGGAUUUCUGCCCUGGAGAUCCGUAACGAACUUGAACUUUUUAAGAUAUUGGGUAGUCGGGCGGCAACAAUCGCGUGGGAAGUUUGAAAAAAUAUCGGUGAUCCAAAUGGCAGAUGUUGACGAACGUUCCAAGCUUGAUAGACUUCACGUCGCGCAGCACAACGUUCAACCUUUCACCGCUAGCGGCGGGGACAGGGCCAUAUUCCAUGUACCUCCGCGAAUUGUUGCAUGA